AUGGCCAGCAACAGGAGCAUUGAGCUGGAGCACUUUGAGGAGCGGGACAAAAGGCAGCAGCGCUCAGGGGCCCGCAGAGCGGGGACCGGCUCGAGUUGCAGCAGCAGCUCCGGGCCCAAGGGGAACGGGCUCAUCCCAAGCCCCGCGCACAGCGCCCACUGCAGCUUCUACCGCACGCGGACGCUGCAGGCCCUCAGCUCGGAGAAGAAAGCAAAGAAAGCCCGGUUCUACCGCAAUGGGGACAGGUACUUCAAGGGCUUGGUGUUUGCCGUUUCCAGCGACCGCUUUCGCUCCUUCGAUGCUCUCCUGAUCGAACUCACCAGGUCGCUGUCGGACAAUGUGAACCUGCCCCAGGGGGUCCGCACCAUCUACACCAUUGAUGGCAGCAGGAAACUCGCCAGCUUGGAGGAGCUAGUGGAAGGUGAAAGUUAUGUAUGUGCAUCCAAUGAACCAUAUCGUAAAGUUGAUUAUACCAAGAAUGUCAAUCCAAACUGGUCUGUGAAUAUUAAGACUGGGUCUGCUCGAUCCUUGACAUCUCUGACAUCGAUGAAAAGUGAAGUUAAGGAGAGUAAAGAUUUCAUUAAACCCAAACUGGUGACUGUUAUUCGGAGUGGAGUGAAGCCACGGAAAGCUGUGAGAAUUCUGCUGAAUAAAAAGACUGCUCAUUCCUUUGAACAGGUUUUGACUGACAUCACAGAAGCCAUUAAGUUAGAUUCAGGCAUUGUCAAGAGACUUGUGACACUAGAUGGGAAGCAGGUUACCUGCUUGCAGGACUUUUUUGGAGAUGAUGAUGUUUUCAUUGCCUGCGGACCUGAGAAAUAUCGUUAUGCUCAAGAUGACUUUGUACUGGAUCAUAGUGAAUGUCGUGUUAUGAAGUCGUCAUAUUCCCGUUCACCUGGUACACCAAGACAAUCUGGAUCCAAAAGCCCAGGACCCUCACGUCGAAGCAAGUCACCUGCUUCAGUAAAGAGGGGUGGCCACUACUCCAGUGCUUAUUCUACAGCAAAAUCCCCAGUCAAUGGAACACCCAGCAGUCAGAUAUCCACUCCAAAAUCUACUAAGUCCUCCAGCUCUUCACCAACCAGCCCGGGGAGCUUUCGUGGACUCAAGAUUCCUCCACACUGUGGCUCUUCUUCCAAUGUGAAUGGUGUGCCUGAACUAUUCCAUUGCAUAAGUCCUGAAGGUGUGAAUGGAAACAAGUGCUCAGGGUCAUCCACUAUUCUUGAGAAAUACAGAGUGGGAAAGGUGAUUGGUGAUGGCAAUUUUGCUGUAGUAAAGGAGUGCGUAGAACGAGCCACUGGAAAGGAGUUUGCACUGAAGAUUAUAGACAAGGCAAAAUGCUGUGGAAAGGAGCAUCUGAUAGAGAAUGAGGUAUCCAUACUGCGCCAAGUGAAACACCCCAAUAUUAUCAUGCUGAUAGAGGAGAUGGACACUCCAACAGAACUCUAUCUGGUAAUGGAGUUAGUUAAGGGAGGAGACCUAUUUGAUGCUAUCACUUCUUCAACAAAGUAUACGGAGAGAGAUGGUAGCGCAAUGGUCUACAAUCUAGCCAGUGCACUGAAAUACCUCCAUGGUCUCAACAUUGUGCACAGAGACAUUAAGCCAGAGAAUCUCCUGGUAUGCGAGUAUUCAGAUGGAACAAAGUCCUUGAAGCUAGGGGACUUUGGACUGGCCACAGUGGUUGAAGGACCCUUGUAUACAGUCUGUGGCACCCCUACAUAUGUGGCUCCAGAAAUCAUUGCAGAGACAGGAUAUGGCUUAAAGGUGGAUAUUUGGGCUGCAGGUGUGAUCACAUACAUACUGCUUUGUGGAUUCCCACCUUUUCGCAGUGAGAACAAUCUUCAGGAAGAUCUCUUUGAUCAGAUCCUCAUUGGAAAGCUAGAGUUUCCCUCUCCGUACUGGGAUAACAUCACUGACUCAGCUAAGGAGUUAAUUAGUCUGAUGCUACAGGUAAACGUAGAAGCUCGAUAUACAGCAGCACAGAUCCUAGGCCAUCCCUGGGUGUCCGAUGAUGCCUCGCAGGAGAAUAAUAUGCAAGCUGAAGUAACAGGUAAACUGAAGCAGCACUUUAACAACAUGCUACCCAAGCAGAACAAUACAACCGCUGGGGUCUCUGUCAUCAUGAACACAGCUCUAGAUAAGGAAAGUCAGAUUUUCUGCAACAAGCACUCUCAGGACUCUAGUAGAGCUGGUAUGCAGAAAACUUCUGUGAUUAUUGCAGCUCAAGAUCCUCAUGUGGCUGGGUCCAAGAACCUCUCCCCUGCUUCUUCUGAGCCAAUCAAAUCCCCCACACAGCCUGACUCAGCAUGUUAUGACAAUGCUGGGGAACAGCUUGCUCUGUAG